UAAAUUUAAAGAGACAAAAUUAUAACAAACUGCAAAAAUCAUUCAUAAACAUUUGCAGUACUACAGUACUAUAUCGGAUGAGAUGGUCUGAAGAGCCACAAGAUGCUCUUGUGGAGCGAAUAAAAUUCUUUGUCCAUUUACAAGAUAUUUUAUUUUAUGCAAAAUUAAAAUAAUUUUUUCAAAAAUGCUUCAAUUUAUUACUCAGCAAUUGCAGAGUCAUUCCUUGAAUGAUGUUCAGCCAGGCACAAAUCUUAAGGUCAAUGCGAAUCAAUAUAAUGAAGAUGCCAAUGGCAAUAGUAAAGAUGGUUUAAACUAUUCAUCAAAAGAUAAAUUCUUUCAGUGUGAUAUAAAAUAUGACUUUACAAAGAAAUUUAAUACAUUAAUUAAUGAAAAAGAAGAUAUUGGAGACUGCUCUCGGAUCAACUGUAAUCAGUUUCGAUCCUGUUUUCGAAAACCUUGUGAACAAUGUCAAAGUAUGCAGGUAUAUGUUCGAGGUAAUAAAGAAAUAAAUCGUAUUUGCUUCUGUAAAUCUCAAGAUUUUAUAUUGUCUUUGCAACACAUACCACAUGGUGAAAAAAGAAAAUUUUCAAGUAGACAUUAUAAUCGAUUAAAACAGGUGUCUAUAUCAUACGAUAGUUCAUCUGAUGAUGAAGUCAAAGAUUUAUGUGCAAAAUAUAAAUGUAUUAGUUCUAGUCCACCAAUAAAUGGGUUUUUUAAAAAGUCAACAGCUCAAAAUAAUUCAGGGCUGUUUUGUAUUGAACGAAUGCCCUCAAGACCUUCACUAAACUUGGAAAAAAUGCAACAAAGAUGUUUUUCUAUGCCUACAAGAAACAGCUUCUUCACUCAGAAAGAUAUUAUUGGUGUCAUGAUAAAUUCACCCCAAAUUAAUGAAAAGAUCAAAAUCUUGCAAUGAUAAAAACAUGCCUGUUCAAGAUGUUUGUUUUGAGAAGGCUGAUUUGACUGGGUAUCAACCCAUCCAAAUAAUAGCAUCAGGUGGCUUUUCAGUAAACAACCUAGUUCCAGUAGAAGAACCGUUGAAAAGUUUCCAAAGUGGUUAUGUAUUUUGACGUGAUUAGAAGAUGAAGUUUUUAACUGGUUUGAUCGCAAUAAGGACUUUUUAACAUGUUCAAUUUGAAAUACAUUGAUGACGAACAAUGAAUAUAAAAUCAGUUUUUAUGGUUUAUUUAAGAUAGCCCGCAAUUAUGUUUACUUGACGAUGUCACAAAAGGUUUUCUGACUUUA